AUGACGACUCGAAAACUUAGUGACGAACAUAUUCGUCACUUUGCAAGCUGUGAAGGUAAAUAAUGACACUAGAAUCGAAGCUGAUGCCAAUUAUAUUAUAUUUAGAAACGUCUAGCCGAAGAAAUCAGACCGGUUGUGGACUGACCGAAGGCAAAAAUCGUAAACACCAGUUCUAGGUUUGUUCAUACAGCUCUGCAAGUAUACACUAGUCAGUGCACAGUCUGUUUGUUACGGUUGCUGCAGUUUUCGUUUUUUUUUGUGUUUACAUGCUCAAUUAUGGAAUUUUUUCGGUUUUGUGGCCCCACUUUCACUGAAAACUCCUCUCAAAGAAUACUCUUCGGCACGAGCCAGACAGGUACGGCGAACAGUCGAGUUUUCAGGUAAGCUCCAUCGUAUAAGUAGAUCACGAAAGCAGCGCGAUAGAUGCUGGCCCGGGAUUAGACAUUAUUGUGCCCAAUCAGAGACAAGCAUUCGAAAGAGUCGUGGCAGUUGUUCAUUAAGAUUAAAAUCCCAGGGUCUCUCUCGCCCGUUCUGAAAAACUUUCCGCCGCAGUUUUUUCCGACUCGACUGAUGACCGUCGUUGGGUAUCCGAGGAUAUUCAAUACUGUAUUAUAUUAUAUUGUAUUACAUUAUUAUAUAAUUGUAUUAUAUUCUAUAUUAUAGCUUAAAGGAUUGAAAAGAUAAUAUAUUACGCAUUAAAUGCAUCAUUAAUGCCUUGCCCAAAAAUGACUUUAUGCUUAUUGCGUGUUUCUCCACUCUUGCUUUUUUUGCUGAAGGAACAUUUCGACUUGAUGUUUUCCAAGGGGAUUAUACCGUCUUUUACAAGGUAAAUGAAAUUUAUCCACCCCUACCCCUCAACAAACUUCUUUGCGAGGAAAAUGGAUAGAGUAAAUGACAAUUCUUUAUGGUUGUUUGGAAAACAUCAUUAUAUCGCUAGAAUUUGACGUUGCAAGUAUAAUUUAAAACAACUGAAACAAAUUUGUAUGUUAGGUUUUGUAACUAAAAAAGGACAUUCAGGCAAAUUUUUCCCCCAUUCCUUUUUAACAUCAGCGGCCAAAUGUAAUCAGACUGUACUUGAAACAUAACAAUCGGAUUGCCUCCUUUUUCGUAGAUUCCUCAGCGAUCAGAGCAAUUUGAUUCUGCCUGCCGUGGUGGUAAUGAGUAAGUUUUUUUGCUAAAUGUAUACGACUUUUCUUUACCGUUUGAAUGAACUUGAAAUUUUUCUCUGAAUUAAGGUAUAGCUAGCCCCAAACACUGUAAUUCAGUUCAUUAAAAAAAAAUUCAAGCUAUGACCGCAAAACCUAGUGACUUUUCCACAGUUUUUAGAGAAAAUUUUAAGGUCGUUGUGAUUUGUAAUUCAACAAUGACGUUACCCUGGCAACCGAGUUUUGACAGCAUAGUUUUUCAAAAUUUGCAUUUUGUCUAUGAGAGGAGAUUUUAUUUCUAUUAUUACCUAUAUUAUAUUUAAUUUAGCAGUAAUUACUUUAAGUUAUUAUUUGCUAUGAUUUCUAUAGGUGUCCUCGUCUUAUCAUCUCUCACCAUUAUCCGUACACAUGGGAAACAAACAACUGUACUAGUCUUGAUGUGGGAUAUCGCAUUUUCUUAUCUUCUCAUUACAGAGGUAUUUCACAAGGAAAUAAGUACUUCCGUAACGGUACUAAUAUAAUCACAUACUUAGCAAAUGUUUCAUUUAUCUUGAAAAGAAUCUUCCUGAAUUAAAAGUUUUAUCGACCAGUGAAAUAUGGUAGUUGUAAAAAGAAAAAGGAAUUUGUCAGAGAAAACUGGGAGAGGGAGUUUGAUCACUUAUGUAAGAACAAGAAAAAAAGGCUUUUAAUAAUAUGAGAAAAACUUAUGAGCCGGGCGAGGCCAUUUUUGUGUUUGAUAGGUUAGCCACAUAUAGAGAAAGAAACAGAAUACAUGGUAAAUUUGCCAAGACAUCUGCCAUGUAAAGUUUCAACUUCAACUUCAACUUUAUUUAAUAAUGAAAAUAUUAAUUACAAUAGAUUGGUCCGCAAAAUAGCAAUUGCUAAUUUAGGCGGCUCAAUUAAAAGAAGAAUAAAGUGAAAGGAAAGGAAAGGAAGGAAAAUAUUUUGAGUUACAAUAAUUCUUAUUUCUAUCAUAGUUUUAUUUUAAUUACAUUAAAUCUAAGGAAAAACGAAGAAGGAGUUGACGGAGAGCAAAAAAACAAAUCAAACUUUUGUACAGAAAUCACUUAACUGCCAAUCGAACUUUUUCAGUUUAUUGUAGUUAUAAAGAAUAGUUGUUUUUCUUUGAAAUGAAUCGAGCAGUCAGGUUUCUCCGCUAUCCCUAUCUCAUCAUUACUUUCCUUCUGAUCAGUAUUUGACAGUCAUGACGAUGGCGAGUGUGGUGCACUAUUUAUAUCAUCCUUGUAUGGUAAGUUAGAGGAAACGCUUAAGUAAAUAUAAACUCAGUUUUAUAAUAUCUAUUGUACUAUCUACUUGAACCACCUUCUUGCAUAACAGGUACUCUUUACCCCUCUUACUAACGUUCUUGACUGCCCUACUUGCAAUAUACAUAUGUCAAACAUCAUAAACCUCUACUUCGCAGGGACUCAAUGAGCCCUUUUGCCUCCUUCUGCGAGGAACGUAUUUCUCAAUAGGGCAAAAUUCUUGAUCUGUGUUUUUCUAUUAUUCAGAGAGCCAACGUGGAUUGUAUGGGUACACCGCCAGGGACAACAAUGGGAUUUUUCUAAACAAGGAAGGAAUGCUUUACGUCAAAUAGCCUACGGCCAACUCAAUUACAAUACUCAUUCAUAAGCACCUGCAAGGGAUAAAAGAAAUAAAAACGGUCUUCAAAAUAUUUUCGAUGGCUCUGCUAUCAAUUUCAGGAUCGAAAGAAUUUAAGUCUAACCUAUAUGUGAAUGGAGUUACUACCGUAUGGCAACUCGAGCGUGCGCUUGAGCUGAAUUUGUAAAAAAUGGUAUUUCUCGUAUAUAGCUGAUUCAAUAAAGUUUUCUUCUGUUUGGCGGUCGUCAUUCAAGUAAAUCAUUGCAUUGUUCCAUAUUAACAGCAAACAAUUACCAACGCAAACUUUUUUCAUUUAUCUAUAGUUAAGAGGUGUAGCAUUGACAAGUAUAAGAGCACCCCAAAAAAAUGAAAACAAAAAACAAACAAACAACAACAACAAAAACAGAAUAUCGACUUCUCCUUUCAUCUCAGCCUUUCUUCUCUUUAUUUAUUGGUACAAGGUGUCUUUUAUGUUUUUAGUUCAAAAGGAAAAAAAGUUGAAGUUGAAGUUGAACGAAAGUUUGUGUGAAUUUAUAUGGUUCGUCAGUCUGUUUAGGUCUUACUUCUUUGGGUAGCUUCUCUUGCUGCGUUUUGAGUUUUGCUUAAUGCUCGAAAUAUAAACACAAUGUAUGUAAAUUUACAAUGGAUCGUCAGCUUGCUUAUGUCCCUCCUCUCCUCUUUGAUUAGUUUCUCCUGCUGAUUUAAUGACGCUGGUGACUAAUUUAUUCUUCGGGACAAAUAAAUUGUACCGUAGCUUGUUGAUCGAUAUCCCAAGGAGCUUAAUAGACAGUCAGAGAUUUUCUGUUGCUUAGUGUACGUGUAGUAGGAUUAUCGAAAUCCAUAUACAGAGGUCUAGUUCGAAAAAGGUUCUUAUUGCAAUGGAUACAGAUUUGAAUAUAGUUAAUUUAGAUAUUUCCAAUCUCCCCCCCAGAGUUUUUGAUAUAUUGUAGUAUUUCCAAACGAUUUUGCCUUCACUCGAACUCUUUUGAUCUUCUUAACAAGAUGAGGUAUAUUUUAUGGGUGGUGGCGCUGCUGGAGGCCUGUGACGUCAUCAACAAUGGUCGCCUUCUUGGAUUUUACCAAGAAUUAGACAUCAGUUUAAAACCGCGAGAAAUGGUAACUUUUUGGUUCUUAAAAUGAAAAAUAACACUUGAAUAUACACUUUGCAUGAUUUUAGCCACAAGAUUUACUUUUAUCGUUGAUAGAAGUUGAAAAAAACGAGAAUUUUCAUUCAAAACUAAAUGGCUUAACCACCUGCUACGUAUAAAGUCACAUCUCGUAACCAUAGAAACUGGCCAUCACUGAACUUUUCUCGAAAUGCGCGAGAAGGAUAAACGAACAGCUGCUGAAAACGUCAGGUGCUGAUGUUUUAUCCUCUAGGAAAAAACUUAGAACCACCCGCUCCCCCACCCAUUGUACGUCCGAGGGUUAAACAAGAAAUUAAAAAACAAAACUUUGAAAAAACUUAAUGUAUAUUAGACGGCCGUCAGCUGUUGACGUCUUAGGAAAUGGGUGCUGUAUUCGGCUGGCCGUCUGCAAACACGCAGUAUUUUCAGUUAAUUCAGUCUAGCCCAUUAAAUCCAAACUUCACCAGACAGCUUGUUCAGUUUUGGGGGGGGGGGGGGGGGGGGCGGGGGGGGGGGAGGUGGGGCAGGGGUAGGGGCUAAAACCACCAAUACCAGGUCAGUUUUAAAUGUACAUGUAGGAUCAAUGGUGCACGUGCCUAUAAUUUCCUGCCCUUUAAUGCUCAAUCUACAACGAAUUUAGAUGGGUCAAAGUCCUUGCCGAAACGGCACUUCUGAGCGUCUCCGAUCUGUCCAAUCUCUUGAAUUGUGUCUCUCUAUAUUUUAUCAGUGUGCUACUUUCUGUCUUGAUUUCCUUUGUAUUUGUUUAUUUGUCUUCUUUUUGCAGGACUCUGCUUAAUUCAGCUCAAUUCUAUGCGAGACCAGAUGUUACUGCAUGUAUAAAUAAUAAUAAAAAAGUAAACCCUAAGCAAUAACCUAACUAAUGUGCUCUCUAAUACAAACAAUGGACGUACGGUGAACUCUAACUAAACUCUCCUGUGGCACGUCAAACGUCACCACCAAAAGUUAUAAAAAAUGUAUUACUUAAGACAAUUUGACUGGUCGUUAUGCCACAAAACUAAUCACUUUAACUUUCUGCUUCUUUAUUAAAAUGAAGUGCUGAGAAUAAUUUUAUUAAUCAAGAUUAUGUUUGUUUUUUGGUUUUUAAUUUUCUCAGAGAAACAUAAACAGAGGAAUCCAGAUGUUGUCUUUGUUUGUUUGAGUCGAAGGCAGACACAAUGUAAUGCUUUUGAAUCAAAAUAAUCAGAAAAAAGUGCUUGGUGUCCAACUUGACAACUUGGCAUCACAUUGUUAAUAUUUCAUGGCUUUGGAUGUAGCUGCGACGCGUACCUUACUGGGAUGCUUUUACAUAAGCUUGAGGCAUCCUAUCAGUUUUUGUUACUUUAAGGACAACCGAAAAAAAAAACAUGAUUCGGAAAGGUACAAUGUUUAUAUCAUUUCUUAUCUUAUGCCUUGUACCGUUCUCUGACGGAAACUGUUUUCAGAACCAAAUGUAUGGCAAACAGACAAAGGAUUACAAGCUAGAAGGCUUUCAAAUCCAAACGGCUUCGGCGAGGGGGAUUUUCACUUGUUUUCGCUAUUGCCUGAGACAAGAAAAAUGUAAAUCAAUUAAUUUUGAUAGCUACUCUGGUGCAUGUGAGUUAAAUAGCAACAGCCUCAGUGGAUCACAACAGCUUAUUUACCAAAAAGGAAAUAUCUUUCUGCAAUCGGUGGCCAAAAAGAGAGUAAGUCAAAUUCUUUAUAACUACUACUUUUUUAAGCACACAUCAUUACUAUUCGCUUUUCGUUUAUGAGCAAACAAAGCUUUGGCUCUGUUCUUCCUUCACCUAGUCUGGCACCAUUUUCAUGAAAGAGGUCUAGACGUUGUUCUUAAGUAAUUAGGCUACCUAGCUACAAUGACCGUGACAUUGACUAAUAAAUUUAAACCAAAUUGUCUAAAGUUUUGGUGGUUAGAUGCGCGAAACAAUAAAAAGAAGAAACCAAAUUCAAAUAUUUGUUUUGGUAAACGAAGAUUUUAGCUCAAUUUAAUUUUCUACCAUCCUUUCUUUCUUUUUAAUGAUAAUCAUUGACAGCACUCAUCGUGCGCUGAAAUUCACCAGACAUCUCCUUCAGCACCAAGCGGCUACUACUGGAUAUGUAUUGGCGGAGUCAAGAUAAAGGUGUACUGUGACAUGACAGCUUUUGGUACGCAGUAACUGACAGUUUUAAAACCUAAUAUUGUGAAACUUUCCAGGAUUAUAUAAAUUAUUAUGAUAACGAACGUUAACUUACUUGACUGACGUUAAAAUGAACUUCCCAUUUAAAAUAUACUCACUAGCAUUUCGGCUUUUUUCAUUUUUUAAAAAAAUGUUUCGUUUGUGUAUGCAAAAAAGAUUUCACGUCUUCAAACUGACUAGUCUAGAUACGAUGUACAAUAAAUCAUACACGAGAAGGAGUUUCAGUAAGAUGUGCCAACACUGGAAAAGUGAGAGGAAGAAAUAGAUUUUUUUCCAUAUUUUUUCUUUUGCAACCUACUUUUCAGACUUUUCAGACUAGUACACGAGUUUAUUAUAAACAUACUGAGAAAUACUUACCAAAAAGCUAUCUCGUAAAUUUUCAUACGCAAACGAGUUCUACCCAAUCAGAGGAGCGAACGAUGGUUUUCACCCGUGAAAAAUAUGAUACGUCGAAUAAGAAUCGCGAACGAUGUGUGAGACACAUGAUACGUCCAAUCAGAAGCCACAGAGGUGUGUGCCUGAUAUAGGCGCUUGUAGCUUGCAGCGCCGCUUCGCAGACAUUAAACGAGGAAAGUUUUUCUCGAAAAGUUUUUAUCGUAAUAAAAAUGAAAAACAUCCCGAAAAUUCGUUUAUUUCACUGUCGAUAAAAACAACAAUAGAGAGCCGGCAAGAAAACAGCGGAAGUUGAAAACAGAACGAUAAAUAAGCUUAAGUUGUGCUUUUACCGGAUCUACUUUGUCUUCUAUUUGAGCUUAAUAUUCAAACCGCCGACCAGUUUUCCUUCAAUUCAUUCAUUUUCAAUUGCCCUUUUAGAAUAAACAGUGGAGAUAACUUGUAGUUAUUUCAUAUCCUUAACCUCGUUUUUUUUUAUCAGUUAUUACCUGCAUAAGUUCUACUCUAUUCAUAAGAACUCUUUUGUGCCUGUGUGAGAAAAGGUCGUCUAAAAGUGCAGCAGUUUCAAGAAUCGAAAAGAACAAAAAAGACAUUAUUCCAGUUUUCUACUGACUAGUUAGUGAAGACCGAAGCCCCACAUUCAUCCUUCAUCUAAAAGGCCUGCACUGUUAUUUCCACCUGGGCAGAUAUGCGUCCGUGAGAGGGCUACUCGACAUUUUCAGGAUUAAGAAGAGGACUCUCCUUGCAAAAAUUUAAGUUCACAUAAUGAGUAGCCCCUUGAGGAUAAUACAUGAACCGCUAUCACAAUACUGCUGCUUUUAAUCACAGGGUAGACGCCAGUAAAAGACGAUUUAGAUCUUCAAAUAGUUUUCCACACUUUUAUAUACAAUGCAGGUGGUGGAUGGACAUUAGUGGUCAGCAUAAGCUCUAAAAACAAUCAACACCUUCAAAGAGCUGCCGUAAACUGUUUGAAUUUGGAGCUGUGCGUACCUUUCGAAGAACGUAGCAUGACGACUCGAAAACUAAGCGACAAGCAUAUACACCACUUGGCCAACUGCGAAGGUACU